CAUCGCGACUCAAGACCCCCACUUAAACACCGCGACAAUGGCUUCAGGAUACGGACUUGCUGGUGGCCCAUCCCGCUGCUUCCCCUUCUGGCAAGAAGUCCUCGCAUGCUACACGACCAACACAAACGCCGAGGACGACUCUGGCAAGGCAAAAUGCGCACCCGUACUUGAAGACUACUAUGAGUGCCUUCACCACAAGAAGGAGGCCGCUCGUACCCUCGCCCUGCAAGCCGCGUACCGCAAAGCCGAAGCCAACAUAAAACGCGACGACGCACCGUCUGCAGGCGAGAUAAGGCGAUUGGGCGUGUUAGAUGCGCCGCUCGAGGAGAAGAACCUCAAGCCUAGCAAGUGGUUCCCUCAUAAGGAGAUUAACUAGCGUAGAGUGGAGUGGACUGCAUUACGCAUUGGUCUGACGAUGGUGGAGGGUGAGACAUGAAGGGAAGGGAUUUGUGUAUAUCGGUACCCAGGCAGCUUAUCUUACGUGCACGGCCAGCAGGAAGGGAACAAUGAAAGAGAUUGAAAGUGAUGACGGAUCAUAAUAUGUGUAGGCUGGUGUAGUUGCAACUCUCGAUCAUCGUCUAAAACCGGUAACGUGAACUUCGGUGUGGAAGCGAACAUGACCACAGGUCGUGCAUGAUGAGCAAGUCAUACUUUCAAACCUUACAUUGACAGACACGUCAAAUGACCGGAUAAGAACAAGUCUCAAAAA